CAUUUAGUGCUUACAAAAUAGCACCAGCAAGGACAGCAGAAACUGGCAGGCAAGAAUGGAGUGGAAAGGAUUUCUUUGAGGAGAAACUGAGUGGCAUUUCCUCCAGGAGGCAAGUUGUGUUUCUCGUCUUCCGGACGUUCCCGGGGAACACUGGCAAGUGCCAUGUCUCCUCUGUGGCCCUUUGUCUUGGCAGCCGCCUCAGGAAUCCUGGCCAUAGAUUACCCUCGUCCCAGGAGUUCUACUCUACAUCAGCUCACCAAGCAGCUGUUACAAAAAUAUCACAAGGAAGUGAGGCCAGUUCACAACUGGACGCAGGCCACCACUGUAUACCUGGAUGUGUUUGUCCACGCUGUGUUGGAUGUGGAUGCCCAGAAUCAAAAAGUAAAGACAAGUGUAUGGUACUGUGAGGUUUGGAAUGAUGAGUUUUUAUCUUGGAAUUCCAGCAUGUUUGAUGAGAUUCGAGAGAUCUCCCUACCUCUAAGUGCCGUCUGGGCCCCUGACAUCAUCAUUAAUGAGUUUGUGGACAUUGAAAGAUCCCCCGACCUUCCUUAUGUUUAUGUGAACUCAUCUGGGACCAUUAAGCACUCUAAGCCCAUCCAGAUGGUCUCUGCAUGCAGUUUAGAGACAUACGCUUUUCCAUUUGACAUCCAGAAUUGCAGCCUAACCUUCAGUAGCAUUCUGCACACAGUGGAAGAUGUAGACCUGGCCUUCCUGAGGAGCAGAGAAGACAUUAUGCAUAACCAAAAGGCAUUUUUGAAUGACAGUGAGUGGGAACUUCUUUCUGUGUCCUCAACAUACAACAUCCUGCAGAGCAGCGCUGGAGAUUUUGCACAGAUUCAGUUUAAUGUGGUGAUUCGCAGGCGCCCACUGGCCUAUGUUGUGAGCCUGUUGAUUCCCAGCAUCUUCCUAAUGCUUGUGGACCUGGGGAGUUUCUACCUCCCGCCUACCUGCCGCGCCAGGAUUGUGUUCAAGUCCAGCGUGCUGGUGGGCUACACCGUCUUCAGGGUCAACAUGUCUGAUGAGGUGCCAAGGAGCACAGUGAGCACCCCUCUGAUAGAGGUCUUCUUCACAGUCUGCAUGGCCUUCUUGGUUCUCAGCUUAUCCAAGUCCAUCCUGUCAGUCAAGUUCCUCCACGAUGAGCGGUGCAGCCAGCAGGAGCAGACCCUCUUGUGUUUUCGAGGGGACGCUGAUGCUGAUGGGCCAGGAAUGGAUCCCAGGGCCCAGCGUGCUGGGGUCACAGAGCCCCCUGUCUGUCAAGAGCACCAGGCCCAGUCUGGGGCCCUGAAGGAAGUGUGGUCCCAGCUUCAAUCCAUCAGCAGCUACCUCCAGACCCAAGACCAGGAACACCAACAGGAGGCUGGAUGGCUGGCCCUCCUGGGACGCUUUGACCGACUGCUCUUCCAAAGCUAUCUCGUUGUGCUGGGACUCUACACUGUCACCCUGUGCUCCCUCUGGGCGUCAUGGAGUCACCUGUGAAGACCCGUGUUUGCUGGUCGCCGUCCGUGUGCUCCACGAGUCUUCAAUCUAUCCAAGCCAGCCUGCCUGCCAUCCUCCUCAGGAACAGUUUUCCUUCCAUCAAAGCCUCUGGUUGUAGUCACCCUACUCUGUCACCCAUCUGUGUGUCACUGUCUGAGGACUCUGCUCAAAGCAGCCUUCUUCCAGCACCUUUUCCACCUGGUCACCCUGGGACUCUGCCCCCUCUCCUCUCACUUCAGACAUAACACUAUCUCCUACCCCUUUGAGUGUUUUGUGGCUGUGUGUGUCCAUGUGUCCAUGUGCCCAUUUGCAUGCGUGCAGCACCUGUCAAAUAGAUCACACACGCUUAGGACAGAAAUCCUAGUUCAUCCACAUCUCUGCCCUGGUCCGUACAGAGUUUCCUCGUGGUGAUUCUAUCUUAACUAUUGCAGAGAAGCUCAUUCUAGCUCACCGCUGGUGGGGGACACAUUUCUAGUGUGUUUCCCCAAGUUGAAGGGACUGAAUCUGCCCGGGGUCAGACAUGCGGUCCCGCAGCAUCCCACACAUAGGGCCGCCAUUGGGAGCUGGUGGCUGGAAGAACACCGUGGGCUGAGUGACCGGCAGCACGCCUAACACUGUUUACAGAGGACUGCAGUUUGCUAGGAACUUUUUCCAGCCCUAAAAUUGCCGUCUAAAAAGUCUGCCCCCCAACCCCCCUGAAGAAAAAGAAUUUAAAUUCAAACAGCCUCUACCUGCAUCCUCCCUCUCUCAUUACCUCCCAGUUAGUGCUCAACGCCAAUUGUCCAUGAAAUUCCACUGCUGCUGUUAAUGAAAUGAGGAACAUAAGAAGUUUGUGAACAGGAAGUGUCCAUGCAAACCUCCUCCUGUUUCCCUCCUCACUUCCUCCUUUCUGCCACUGGCCUCCUCUGCCUCGACCUCCUCUAAAUUGCUUCCGAAAUCUCUCUUCACUUCCUCGGUUCUUGGAGGAGGAAAAGGCCUGCAACGAACUCCCCACUACCGAGUUUCCUUCCUUUCCCACCAUGUCUUGGAGAAAACACCUGACUUUCCCUCCUGGCUCCAUCACUACGUAGCCAGGGGGUCAGAGCUUAAGCUUAGCCUUUUUGGCAUGGGGCUGCUUAUCCUUAUUCUACCCAUCAGAGUGAGGAAAUGCGUUUAACAGCAUUGAAAAAGCAAUAAUACAUCAUGAAAUAAAAAGACCUGCCGGCUCUCAACAAAAGGAUUCCAGUCUUUGGUGUGAGGUUCUCUUCCAGCUAUCUCUAGCACAAGCCAGUUGUGGACUCUGGUUCUACCCAGAAAUGCCUUUAUUUCAGGUAGGAUCCAGGGUCCAAGGGCUGAAGCCAUCACGUACCCCUUUGUCAGGAUUCGGGUGGGGGGGAGCUGCCCAGG